AGCUGUUUUGAAGAGAGAGAGGGAACGGAGAAAGCGGGUGAGGGAGGAGAGAGGGGAAAAAGACAGCCAACUCAUCUGACACUGACAGUGGGCCAAAGAAAGGGAAGAAGAGGAAGCAAAAGCAUGGUAAAAGGAGUGGAAGAGACAGGAGAGAACUACGGAAAAAACUGAGCAGGCUAAGGGGAGAGACAGAAGGGGAGAGAGAGAGGAGGGUGGAGAGAAACUUAACCCAGAAAAGAAGAGCAAGUUAAAACAGUGAGGCCACCAGCAGCAGUGAACGAGUGAGAGUGGACAGGAUGUCGACUCUCCCUCCUGAGGUUGCCACUGAAGAUGCCACCAAACAGAGCUUCUGGAUGCCUGGGAACUACCAGCGCACGGUGAAGCGCACGGAGGAUGCCUUCCAGGCGUGUAAUGACAUCGUGGUGUGCUUCCAGGAGAGAGCCCGUGUGGAGAGGCAGUACGCUCAGCAGCUCAGCGAGUGGAGCAACAAGUGGAAGCCCCUGGUGGACUCCAGCCCGCUAUAUGGAUCCCUCCUGCAGGCGUGGCAGUGUUUCCUCUCCUCCGCCGACCGUCUCGCCGCCCUGCACUCGUCCGUGUGUCGCUCCCUGGUUUCGGAGGACGGGGACCGGGUCAGGACCUGGCAGAAAGAGACCUUCCAUAAGAAGCUCUUUGGAGGCUUCAAGGAGUCCCAGGACUUUGGGACUGGCUUCGCACGUGCUCAGAAGCCCUGGGCCAAACGUCUGAAGAAGCUGGACAAAGCCAGGAGUGCGUUCCAUAAAGUGCAGCGUAAGGAGCAGACUGCCAGGGACCGGGAGGUCCACGCCAAGGGCAACCCUGACGUGGCCAUCGAGAAACAGAGGAAGAUUCAGGAGGAAAGAGAGCUGGCUCAGCAGGAGACGGAGAAAGUGCGAGCCCGCUAUGAGAAGGUUCUGGAGGAGGUGACCCGCUAUGCCCCUCGCUACAUGGAGGAGAUGGAGUGUAUUUUUGACCAAUCACAGGAGGAGGAGAGGAAGAGGAUCAGCUUCCUCAAACAGGCCUUCCUGUCCGUCCACAGACACCUGGAUGUCACUAACAACGAGAGUGUGAAGGCUGUGUAUAAUGAGCUCCACAACACUCUCAUGGCCAUCAAUGAGCAGACUGACCUGCGCUGGUGGAAGAACACCCACGGACCGGGCAUGCCCACCGACUGGCCUCAGUUCGAGGAGUGGACGCCAGAAAAGAAAAGCAAAAAAGGGAAGAAAGAGAAAGAGGUAGAGUCACAGCAAGGCACCAUAGAGAGGAGUGUAAUGAUCGGAGGAGUAAAGGUCAGGGCUCUCUAUGACUACGACGGACAGGAGACAGAUGAGCUCUCCUUUAAAGCAGGUGAGGAGUUUCUGAAGACUGAGGAUGAGGAUGACCAGGGCUGGUGUAGAGGGAUGAAGGAUGGAGGGAGAGAGGGACUCUACCCAGCCAACUAUGUAGAGACGGUGUAGUUACACCACAAUGUUUGUAAAAAGAAAUAGAUAGAAGGAAAAUGAAAGUGACUCAUUUUGAUAAGAAACAUUGUGUCUAAAAUGAUCCUCAGCUGAUGUGUACUGUGUACUGUUCCUUAAUGAAUCCAAACUGCAUCACAUCCGGCCGUGAUUGGGAGUCCCACAGGGCGGCGCACA